AUGCUGCAGCCUUCAACACUUCUCCUAUUCACUUCUCCAAGCCACUACUCUCACUGUUCAUUAAUCGUCGAUAUGCCCGGACAUCUCGGCCAAAAAGUCCUGAAGACUUUAGGAAUUGACAAACAUGGCGAUCACCAAAAUACAUCUUCGGAGAUUCGGCUACCAGGCAGAGCAGCUGUGAACAGCGACGAGCGCGCCCUAUCAUCCCCUCCAAACAAUGGAACAUAUCCGCGACUCUGCCGACUUUCCGAUGGAACCAUCCUCUCAUCCUUUACUCGCUUCCCUGACGGGCAACGAUCCCUUCGCGUCGCCCGAAGCACCGACAACGGUCAAUCAUUCGAGGACUUCUCCGAGGUGACUCGCGCAUCCGGUGAUGUCGACAAUAUGUUCUUGUGUGAGGUAGCUCCAGGCACAGUUCUUGCGGCAUUCCGGAACCACGACGUGGGUCCACAUGGCCCGACACACUUCCGCAUCACAGUCUGUCGCUCCACAGAUGGUGGCCGCGUAUGGCAAUAUGCGUCCCAAGCAGCCGAGAAGCGUCCCCCUCUGGGAAUCUGGGAACCUUUCAUGCGUGUCGGACGUGAAGGCGAGGUACAACUGUAUUUCUCGCAGGAGUUUGCCCACAACAACCAAUGCACCAUGCAAGUCAUCUCACGGGAUCAUGGAAGUACCUGGUCUGCACCAAAAUGCUUGCAUGGCGUCGAGGAUGCUCUUCGGGAUGGCAUGAGUGGUAUUGCUCGCACCUUCGAUAACGGACGAGAAGCACUACUCAUGGUAUUCGAAACUACCCGUUACGGCCCAUUCAGUGUCGAGGCACUUCUAUCGUACGACGAUGGCCACAACUGGGGUUGGCGCCAUGAGGUAUUCCGCCCGAAACACGGCCACAAUGCAGGGUCUCCCCAGAUUGCAUCUUUCGCCGAUGGGUCGUUGGCGGCGAUCUUCAUGACGGAUGAAGACUCGGAGCAUGUGCAAUGGGUCAAGAACGCUUCUAUCAAGGUUGUGUUUGCGGGCCCUCCAUCUGAAGGACGUGUUCAAUGGAGUCAACCAUCCUUUGUCUCCCCGGCUAACAGCUUCUGGCCUGGAAUUUUGGCUCUCGAUCAUCAUACCGUGCUGGCCACGUACGACCGGGGAGGCCCCCUUGCCAAAACAAUUACCUGGCACCCGCAAUAG